AGAGAGAGAGAGAGAGAGCAGGCAUUACCGCCCUCGCGUAAACGGGGUGCACCAUUUCACUCCUCUCCGCUUCACCGUGCGCGUAAAAAGGCAAAAAGGCAACAGGACAAAUCCAGAGCGCGGCAGAGAGACCCAGAGCCAAAAAGAGAAAGAGAGAGAGAAAGAAAGAGAGAAAAACAGAGGAAUAGAGAGAGAAAGAGUGGCUGAAUUUGGAAGGCUGUAAAGACACGGCAAUGUGCAGCUCUGAGUGGCUUUCUCCAGCUUUUCCCCGCGCGAGUAUCUAAAGGCUGGCAGGCGCACGCCAAUGGUUUUACCUCACGUAGGAUGGGAUUAACUUUGUCCGGAAGAUACAUCUCACUGUUUCUCGCUGUCCAGAUAGCCUAUUUUCUGCAGGCGGUUGGAGCGGCGGGGAAAUGUGACACCGUGUUCAAGGGCUUCUCCGACUGUCUGCUUCAGCUGGGAGAUAACAUGGCCCACUACCCCCAGGAGCUGGAAGAGAAGGACAACCUCCACACCAUCUGCACGUACUGGGAUGAUUUCCACUCGUGUGCUACUACCGCGCUGGCGGACUGUCAGGAUGGCGCCAUCGAGCUGUGGGAGAAGCUGAAGAAGGAGUCCAAGAGCCUGCAGUUCCGGGGCAGCCUGUUUGAACUGUGUGCAGGAGGGAACGGAGCCCCCAGAGCAGGACCCCCCCUUAGCCUGAGCCUCCUGCUGCCGGCACUGUGCGCCCUGAUCACCGGCCUCAGUGCGCUCUAAUCACCGCCAACAGCAGCAGCGACAAGAGGAGGAGGAGGAGGUGGAGGAGAAGAAGGAGGAAGAGGAGGAGGAAGACUAGAAAGAGCUAGCACCACGAGAAAAAAACAGAUGUAAUACAAAGAAUAAUAAUGACGAUAAAAAAAAGAAACCAGAAAAAACACAUCUUCGCCCAAAUGGAUUUAUAUUCUUCAUCCGGAGAGGAAGACGACACUUUUUUUGGUUUGCAAAAGACAAUGGUGACGUCGUCUUCAGAGGGGUGGGGGGAUGCUCCAGCAUCCCUAUCUGACCUGGGGUCAAAAAAAGUGAAAAACACUCAUGUUCAGUGGUCCUGCGCUUACAGUAAUGGUGGACUUCCAUUGGCCUGUAGUGUUAAAGGCUGUAGUGAGGUAAUAAUCAUCACUGCAGGUCUCUUCAUACAUAGAAAUAAGAAAUAAGAGACGAGAUAUCCUUGAUAUCCUGAUAUCUUGACACUACAUACAUCAGUCGAAAUCAAUCUAACGCCAGUUAUCUGAGGCUGAACCCAUAAAUAAUUCCUCUCUGUUCGUUUUAUUUUUAUUUUUAUUAAUUUUUUAGUUGUCAAAUUUAGCCGAGAUAAGCAUGUUGGUGACCUUGGAGAAAGAUGGAAAGUGGUUUGGACCUGUGAGCAGAAACAAACAGCUCUAAUAAUAAUAAUACUAAUAAUACUAAUAAUAAAACCUCAGGAAUGAACCCAGGCAUUCAAUCAGUGGAUGGAAGGAAGAAAUAUUUUAUGGAAGGAAGGUAGAGUAUAACACACGUACAAUGUAGCGAGAAGAAUGUAGAAAAAGAAGAUGCUAAUUAAAGAUGGAGGCUGAUGAAUUAUGUUGACUGUUGACAUUCAGCCAUGUUCAUUUAUGGGUUUAUUAAUGGGCGGCUCAUGAUGUAGGUUAGCAGAUCUCCUCAGAGCUUUAGGUCUUCGUAGCACGAUCCCAUUCAGGCAGUGACGCUGCUGGUGUGGACGGAGAGAAAUCUGCUGGAGCUUUACUAAGAUGUGGCCACGUUUCACUGCCUUCAGAUCAUGUGGAUUCUGUUCGUUCGUUCGUUUGUUUGUUCGUUUCUGGGGAUGUUGCAUAUAAAUACCUAACUAUUCCAAAUACAAUUAAAUAUCAGUAAAUAAGAGACGAUAUGUGGAUAAAAAAAGAUUUUCAGAAGAUAAAAAAAUAUACAGAGAGUUACUUUACUGAAACAGUUUUAAAAACAGAUUGAUAUACAGGUAUAUAAAAGAUUGCUUAAAAGGCAUACAAAAGAGUAUUAAAUAAAAUCAGUUAAUGUUUGAAAAAAAAAAAACACGUGUGUUGUUCAUUUGCACGAAUUUUGUGCUGUUGAGAUCCAACAUAAUCGAAAAUGAUUAUGUGAUCUGUGUUGGAAUAAUGUGUGGUGAAAAUCCUGAAAAGGUGUGUUUGGCUGCAUGUGGUUGGUGGUGGUUUGGAUCGAAUCUGGAAGGGUUUUUAAUAUAUUUUUAUAUAGUCAAUUCUAGAGAAUAAAGUAUUUUAUACAUAUAAACGAUUAUAUAAACUAUUAAAUAUAAGACAGCAUUAAGAAAAAAUAUUAAAACUCGAUUAAAACGAUUUUUAAAUAUAUAAUAUUAUCGUUGAAGUCGCCUUUUAAUUGCUUCUACUAUUGUUGUUGGUGUGAGAUUUUACUAAUCAGGCAGCAGCUGUGCUGACGGUUCUUGCCUUGUUGGGUUGGAAGCAGUAAUGAUGGAAUAAUGGCCAAACAUACGGCAAGAACCAAGAAGAACCAAAUUGUGAUGGCCACUGGUUAAAAAUAUCUCCCUGACUCUCUUGUGGGGUGUUCCCGUUGUGCAGUGGUCAAUACCAAGGAAGGAUAACCCAAAGGAAACCCAAGGCUCAUUAAUGUCAUUCAUUGAGGCGCCAUCUCACAGCUUACAGGCUCUGCUGCCAAUGUCUUUGUUUCAGAUCUCAUAGAACAUAUUUAGACUUUUUUUGGAAUCCAUACUCUGACGGGUCAGAUCUGUUUUGGCAGUUCAAUUGUGAUUUAUACAUUCAUAGACAGGUGGUUUUAAUGUUAUGGUUGAUCGGUGCAUUAACAUUAUUUUAUCCUUGAAAGAUGCAAUAGGAAAUGUGCUUUAGCCUGUAUGAAUAAAACAAAUAUUUUGUUCUCAAAAGCGAUAGGAAAUUUGUCAAAUAUCGGGUCAGAAAGGAAUUGAUUUUAUUAAAAAUCGAACAUUUCGAUUAAAAUAUUUAGUUUUGAGAGUCUUAAACCUCCUGUAAACCGCCGCUCUGGACAGAUUUGGAUACUCAGCUAUAAGCUGCCAUAUUGAAAUAAUAAAUAAAAUAUGAGAGCGUGGGUUUUUACUAAUGAAUUAUUUAUCUUCAGUAUCCCUAUAAAUCUGUGCUACAGCCAUUAUGUCUACACGCUGAUGCAGGAAACGUAUUAUCUAUAACAUAUAUAACAUUAACCUUACCAUUAGCAACAUUUAUUAAAAUAAUGAUACAGUUUUUAGUUGCGAAUAAACUAAUAUACAGAUGUGGUCUUAAUAUUAUUAUAUUAAGGUUAAGAAGACAAGGAAUUUGCUUUGACCAGAACAGAUUUAAAAGCAUAAUGUAAAAACAUAUUGAAUAAUCAGUGUUUAGACAAAUGUUUCCCAGCACUAUUUGCUGCUUUUUCGUAGCUGUUUGAUUCUGGAGCUAAUGAAGCACGCGUGCGGAUUAAAUUGAAGUAAUUGUGUGCGUUUACCCAUAUAUCUAUAGUAAUUAAGCAUAGCCUAAAUAUUUUUUAAAUUAAAAUAUGCAAUAAAAAAAUGCAUGUUGCCAAUAUGAAUGUUAAUAUAUCAUCAAAAUAACGAAAACUAAAAACAGUAGAAUUUGAACAAAAAGUAAAAAUGCUAAAUAUUUCCAUUACCCCGUUACCGUCAUUUUCCUGUGACGUUAAUAUUCUUUUUAUUUUUUUAAAUUAAGCUUCACAAAACAACACAAUACAAACAAGGAAAUCCGAGAUAAUAAAAACAUACAACCCAAAAGGGUUUUUACAAGCUUAACAAAACGUUUAUACUCACAACAUAUCUCAGUCCUCAACCAGCCAAUUUAACUCAUUUAAGUACUUUUUAGUGAAUACAGCUUUUUUUUUGCUGCUAAGACAAUUAAGAGACUCAAUAUACAAAUUAAAUUCAACAAGAAACACAUUAAAAAAGGUUUUAUUUCUGUAAAUAAUGUUUCCCAAAGAGGAUCAUCAGAUUCAAAGUAAAGUGGACUUUAGAGACAAAAAUAAAAUCCAUUUAUUUAUUACAUUUUAUAUCUACUCUGUAAUUCGCUAUAUUAGAAAAUAUUUAUCCAGAGCUUUCCAAAAAUAUUCUGGAUAAGAACAUUCAAAAAAUAGAUGUUCUAGUGUGACGUUAAUAUUCUGAGGGCUGGAUAUUUUUGUUCUUACAUCACGUAAUCGAUUACUCAGCUCUAGUUGCCCUUCUCCUUUCCUCUCGCGUGCAUUCACAUCACGAAGACAAUAUGGAGAGUUCAGCACGAGGCAGCCUUUGCUUUUUUUUCCCAAGUGAGCAAGAACAGAUUCUGCUGUCAUGUUCCAGCAGGCUUCUUAAAAGAGCUGCAGACAACGCUUUGGGAAAUUAAUGCAGUAUGCCCAGUUUUUUUCUGAAUUCAAGCACAGCUUGAAACAUUCAUCAAGUCAUCAUAUUCAUCAGCAGGGAUAUUGACGCUGUUAUGGGUCAGAGUUCAUCUAAAUCAAGUUCACAGCAUUUCUCCUGUCAAGCCACCAGCAUCAGUAGAAGACGCUUCUGGAGAGCGCAUAUAUGGGAGUAUGCUGUAUGUUGGUUGGAAACUGGGUUACCAGCCCUGCUUAUAUGCUGCACAGAGCAGACUGGCUCCAUUAUCAGUGCAGCACUACAGUCUGCAACAACAUUUUUUUUAGCUAGGCUUGUGGCAAUUGAUUAAUGUGCCCAAAGCCAUUGCCAGCUACACAUGGUGGCCAAAUUCCCAUUUGCAUAGCUGUUCACUCUUAACCCCUUCAGACCCUUCAUCCAUUCCAAUUGACAUCAUGGAUUUUCUGUUUUUUGAACUGUUUUGUUGCACAGAACAUUAAUUGAGACCAUGAGCCAGCCAAUAAACAAAUGUACAUCCAGUAAAAAAGUAGCUUAGCCCCGCCCACCGCACUGUGAAAAAACAGCAAUUUACACAUUAGGGCAUAGCAGCAAUAUAAUGUCAAUGAGGCAAGUAAGAAGAGCUUAUUUCCAAUAAUUUUAUGUAAUUUAGGAAACUUUUAAAAUCAUGUUUAGCAAUGGUUUGUGAAAUAUAAAGGUCAGUAUCGAAUAUAAAAUAAAAACAAGUUAACAAAGGCUUCCAACAAAAUGAACAUAAAAAAUAAAUACAUAUUUUAGUCAAUUUUAUGAUUUUUUUUAAUAUACAUUGUAUAUAAGAAUAUAGUCCUAUUUUGUGUGCAUUUGUGUGCAUUUUUUGUAAUGAAAAAAAUGGUUCUUUAUUAAAUCAAAAUAUAUAAUUCUAUAGAAGCCCAUUUCCACCAUCUAAAAAAUUAAAUAAAAUAAUCCAGCACAUUUUUUAUUAUUAUUAGGUAAACUGCUAUCUCAAUAUCUUGACAUACUAAGACAUUAUUUGAGUAAGGCAUUAUUUUGAGAUCCUAUCUCAUUAUUUUGAGAUACUAAAAAAGCAAAUCUUUAUUGAGAGAUACUAAGUCAUUAUUUUGAGAUAGUAAGUCAUUAUUUUAAGAUACUAAGUCAUUAUUUUGAGAUAGCAUACAGGAGUGACCUGUAUGCUAUUUCUAAAAUAGAAAUCUGGUGUGAAUUAUUAAAUAAAUCUCUUUUCUCCAAGGUACAGAGGCUUAUUUUGAUAUUGUGUGAUUCCUCUAAAAGCACCAAUAUUUCAUGAUUUUUGAAUCCACACCUGAAAUAGUCCUCAAUAAUAGUAUCCAUUUUUCGUAUUUGUCUCAACUGCAUCUGUCUCUGUACAGUCUACAGUCUAGUAUCUUAAAAUAAUGACAAAAUAAUGACUUACUAUCUAAAAAUGUGCUGGAAUGGGCCUCCAUGAUCUUCUAUGGUACCUCUCGAAUGUCCUUUUGUAGCAUAUUUUAAAGUAUCUUGUGUUGAAUGUGCCAACUCAACAAGGGCUGACUUGGUCAGAAACCUGCAUGAUCUCUUAAGGUUUAAAACAGCAUGAAAGUUGGAAAAAAGAAAGAUUUUGUUACUUUGAAGGAGGAAGGAAGGUGAAUCAUGUUGAGAACUUUAGUUGCAGGGACGUGCAGUAAAUCUUGUCUUCAAUCUUUGUAUAUAUAAUAUAUAUAUAUAUAUAUAUGUUUACACAGUCAAAUAUUGGACACUAGACACUAUUGUUUACUAGUCAUGAACACAGUACAAAUUACUUAUUGCAUUAAUGAGCCUUGGGUGCCUCUUUUGGUGAGGAAACUACUGUAAGUUAAAUCCAUCAUAUGUUGUACAGAAGAAACCUCCAUGAUCUGGUCAGGUUUCCUACAUAAGCAGAGAAUAGACGUCCAUUCCAUCUAUACCAAGGCUUUGUGCUACUGUGGCUGCAAAGACCAGGAUGUACAAGAAACUGUAGCGUCAGGGAUGUGCAGCAGUUCUGUCUUCCUACAAUCCAGCCUCAGUUGGUGGGCAGUUGCUUUAGAUAGAAACCACAUAUAUAUAUAUUGGUUUACAAACCCAAACUUUAGACUGGGCACUGUUUAGAAGGAAUGUGCACAGUGAAAAGUACAAAGUUGUGGGUUGGAGCCUCUAUGUAUUGCAAAAAUUGGCCUUGGUUGUCCAUGACCUUGUCACAUAGUGGCCAAUUGUACACUCGUUUAAGGGUUCUGCUGACAAACACAGAUUAAAUAUGUUAAAUGUUGGUCUUUAAGAGCUUUGCAACAUAAGCUGAGAAUGAUGUAGACUAUCUGCAGCUACACCAGUUACACCAAGGCUCAAUCCCAGUUCACUUCUUGUGUCUAUCACUUAUCCCCACCCCUAUGGUUUGUAUGUUCUUGCCUAUUGGAAAAGGUAAGGUGUUCUGAUUCUUGUUGGUAUAGAGGGGUAGGGUGAAGUUUUAGAGCUACAUGAAGAGACAUCAGAAAUGGCCAGCAAGGUGCUUUCUCAAAGAAACACACACAUAAAGAAUUUUCUUUGUCAAAAAGUAUGAAAACCAAUGCAGUAUCUUAGUUUAACAAGGUUUCAGUGUAUUAUAGCACUUUUCUUCAUAACAAAGUUUAAACAUCUUCAGUAGUAUGUCUUAUUAGCUAGCUAGCUAGCUACAUUUCCUUUCCACCUUUUCCAACUUAAAAGGUGCAGCAGAUAUAUUCUAGCACCAAAGCUGUUACAUGAUUAAAGGUAGAACAUGAAAUCAACAUUAAAUGAGGUUGCUAAACUUUACCACGCCUCUGCCUGCUGUAAUCUAAUAAUAAAACAGUGUUUUUU